AUGGGGCCUUGUCUACCCCAUCGCAAAUUCCACCGAGAACCGCUGUCUGUGAUGGGAUGGAGCCUUAAGCGAGGCCUGAGCAUUGGAUGUGGCAGGCUCUUGGUCGCUGCAAGAACACCUGUCGAUGUGUCAGUGGUCAACGACUGGGCUCAUGCUAGCUUUCCGCUCACUUCCGCUCAGAGUGUGCAGGUCACCGGUUCUCAAGCAGGCCACUACUUCUUCGCAUCAUCAUGCAUAUCAAGUGCAGCCAGCAGCGCCAGACUGGAUGCCAUUGGUGCUGGUUUGGUGAACUUACUGUACAAACUGCCCCGGUUUCUCACACCAGCACCCUCUCACACCUUCUCCAACCCACCAGGCGAAUACGACAUCACCAGACACCAUGCUGAGUCUCCUUUCCUAGCCAGGUGUCGAGACCGCCUGGUGACCUUGAAAUAG